AUGAAUUUUGGUCGUGAAAAGCCUGUGACUUUGUUUUCCAGUGAGGGGAAGCUGGGACAGUGCGACAAUGCCCUCAGGGCAGCAGUAAACGGCAGUCUGUCGAUCGGGGCAAGUGCUGCGGAUGGGGCGGUUCUGAUGUCUUUCAAGGAUGUGCCUCCUCUUGUUAUAAGAGAAGAGGUGAGGAAGGUGUUUAAGAUCUGCGAUACGAUAGGAUGCACUUACUCUGGGCUGCAACCGGAUUGCAGAAUACAGGUGAACAUAGGGUGUCAGAUAGCAGAAGAGUACUACGAUGUAUACGGAAGAUAUCCCGAUGUAGAUGUAUUUACUGCUCACUUUUCCUCUGUUGUACAGGAAUACACACAGAAGAGCGGAUAUAGGCCAUUCGGGACGCUAAUGAUAUUUGCAGGUCCUGUGAGGGGUGUUCCAAGGCUGUACCAGGUGGAUCCAAGCGGAUCAUACCAAACGGCAGAUGUAUGUGCUUCAGGGGUAGGAUACAGCGAUGCAAGGAAGUUCGUCGAGAGAAGACUGGAAGGCCUUGACGACAAUAUAGUUAACUGUGUGUCUUCGAUAAGGGAGUUUGCAGGGAAGGAGGUAAGGGCGAAGGAUCUCGACAUUGGAGUGUAUUACAAGACUGAGAAUAUAUUUAAGGCGUUUACUCUCGAUGAGAUCGAAGAGGUAUUUGAUUCUCUGAGUAAGAGCUAA